UCACAGUCUGUGUUCUACCCACUUAAUUGAUAGAAAUAUGAGUGUAAUACAGUCUAUAGAAACUGUGUCUAUUCCCCGAAUAGUGAGGUUCAACAAUAAAAAUAAAGGAUCUAGAAAAAAUCUGAUCGUGAUCAAACCAGAAAUUCGCAAAAUUACCGAACAAAAACAAUUUCUAAAGCUAGGGCUACUAAACAUUAGAUCGCUGACACCUAAGGCGGUUAUUAUAAAUGAAAUGAUCACAGAUAAUAGUCUUGAUGUAAUUUGCCUUACUGAAACAUGGCUUAAACCAAAUGAUUAUUUCGGUCUUAAUGAGUCUUGUCCACCUGGCUACUGUUAUAAAAAUAAAUGCCGUCCGGUUGGCUGUGGCGGUGGUGUUGCAACAAUCUAUAGAGAGAUUCUUAACGUUACCCAGAAAACAAACUACAGGUUUAAUUCAUUUGAAAUUCUCGUGCUAACCGUUACACUCUCAGAUAUAAAUAAAAAGUCGCUACUAUCUCUUGCUUUGGCUACUGUUUAUAGACCUCCAGGGCCUUAUGUUGAUUUCCUAAAAGAGUUUGCAGACUUUCUCUCAGACCUAUUGGUCAACGUUGAUAAAGCGCUGAUUGUUGGAGAUUUUAAUAUUCAUGUAGAUAAUACAAAUGAUGCGCUAGGGGCUGCGUUUACAGAUUUACUAAACUCGUUUGGGGUCAAACAAAACGUCACUGGACCCACUCACCGUCUUAAUCAUACACUAGAUUUAAUUAUAUCACAUGGAAUCAAUCCUACUGAUAUAGAAAUUCUACCGCAAAGUGAUGAUAUCACUGAUCAUUACCUUGUAACAUGCGUACUGCAUACAGCUGAUAUUUGUCAAAUUGCACCGCAAUAUCGACUAGGUAGAACAAUUCUCCCGACAACUAAAGAUAAAUUCACAAAUAAACUGCCUGAUCUGUCUCACCUGCUCAUUGUACCCAAACACACAAAUGAUCUUGAGAAAAUUACUAGCAGUAUGUGCACCACUUUCACUAGUACAUUAGAUACUGUUGCACCGAUGAGAUUAAAAAAGGUUAGAGAGAAAAAUACUGUACCAUGGUACAACAAUAUUACUCACGCUAUCAAAAGAGAAACUCGUGAUCUAGAACGCAAAUGGAGACAAACUCGUUUAGAGGUCUUUAGAAUCGCGUGGAAAGACAGCUCGUCCCGUUAUAGAAAGACUCUAAAAGCAGCCAGGGCCGAGCAUCUCUGCAAACUCAUAGAAAAUAACCAAAACAAGGUUCUUAUUUAGUACAGUGGCUAGAUUAACAAAUAAACAGACAUCACCAGAACAAAACAUUUCAUUACAGUUUAGUAGCGAUGACUUUAUGAAUUUCUUUACUGAAAAAAUCGAAAGCAUCAGAAAUACGGUUGUAAAUGUACAACCCUUGACAGAGUUUUAUGAUUCAGCCUCAAUUAUCGUCCCUCAAGAACAGUUGCAGUGCUUUACAACUAUAGGACAGGAAGAGCUAAAUAAACUUAUCACAGCGUCUAAACCAACAACAUGUUUAUUAGAUCCAAUACCCACUAAACUACUGAAAGAAUUGUUACCUGUAGCAGAAGAGCCUCUUCUCAAUAUUAUUAACUCGUCUUUAUCUCUAGGUCAUGUUCCAAGACCGUUCAAGUUAGCAGUUAUUAAGCCUCUCAUUAAGAAACCACAAUUAGAUCCAAAUGUAUUGGCAAAUUACAGACCCAUUUCAAAUCUUCCAUUUAUAUCUAAAAUACUAGAAAAAGUGGUGUCGGUCCAAUUGUGCUCUUUCUUGCAAAAAAAUGCUAUCUAUGAAAAAUUUCAGUCAGGAUUCAGGCCUCAUCAUAGCACAGAAACGGCGCUCGUUAAAAUUACAAAUGACUUACUUCUAGCUUCUGACCAAGGCUGUAUCUCAAUACUAGUGUUACUUGAUCUCAGUGCUGCGUUCGACACUAUAGAUCAUAAAAUACUCCUAGAUCGACUACAGAAUUACAUUGGUAUCCAGGGACAGGCAUUACGGUGGUUUAGGUCGUAUCUAUCAGACCGUCACAAUUUUGUUUAUUUAAACGGGGAAAAAUCUAAGAUAACGAUGGAAAUUAUGGAGUGC